AUGUUAAAGACUCGAUUGCUUAGCACACUCAAAGACCGCUCACCUGCAGAGUCUGCCCAUUUCAAGGAUGCGCCCAUUAUUGUGACCAGAAAAUUUCUGAGAGAUGCGUUGAAUGAGUCUAAGGCGAAAAACUUUGCCUCUGAAUCCAACCAACAAUUUGAGAUAUACCACGCACGCGAUAAAAUAGCUGGCAAGUCUGUGAGUAGUGAGCAACAGCGCCGAUUGUGGAAAUUAGGUGCUUCUGACACAGGCGAUUCCAUUGGGAAAUUGCCUUUGAUUCCCGGUAUGCCCGUGAUGAUCACAGAAAAUGCUGCCACUAGUGCCCACAUCGUCAAUGGUAGCCGGGGGAUAUUGAAGUCGAUUACUUACGAUAGUGAUGCGGAUGGGAACAAAUUUGCCGUAUGUGCUUUAGUACACAUUCCUGAAAGUGCUCUAGACGUGCCUGGAUUAUCUGAUGGCACUGUGCCGAUAUUGCCAGUGACAAGCAGUUUUGUAUUCCCUACAAACACGAAAAAAAUCAAUGUCAGGCGCACACAGUUGCCGAUACUACCUGGCUGGGCUUUUACAGACUUUAAAAUUCAAGGAAGCACUAUGACAAAGGUUGUUGUCGACUUAACCGGCGCCAAGACUCUUCAGAGCAUCUACGUAAUGUUGUCUCGAGUCAGUUGUUUACGAGAUGUGGCGAUUUUGCGAUGGUUUUCAUCUAGGACGCUUUAUGGGUCGCUGCAAGGGGAUGCUCGUGAAGAAAUGCAAUGGUUACGAAGAGUUGCGACUUGGACUCGUGAAAAGUACUUAGUCCAACAUGAGAAUGACGGGGAUAACGUCGAUCAUGAACGCACGAACUGA